AAGUCCUAUUCCGGACACUGUAAUACCACGGAAAUAUUAUCUUUGUGAAACAGCUAUGGCAAAUCAUUUUGCUCAACUGAAUCUAACCUUACCGGUCGAUGCAUCCAAAAUUAAAAGUGAUUGUGGCACACCUCUCUUUGGUAGUUCGUCAUACUUCCCACUUGAUUCUAGUCAGAUUGCUUCCGCUCAUGAAAUGUAUCAGAACUUGUCAUUGUACACUAAUACGAAUGCAGGUGUUAUUACUAUUAAUGACGAUGAGGAAGUUGAUGAAGAUACUCAAACUGAUAGAUCACCUUUGCAAUUUUCAAAUGAUUUGAAAGAUCACUUAAGAUUUAAACGAAUGAAUCCAACAGACGUGUUCCUAAAAGGAUUACUUUCACCCGAACCAUCACUCGCGAUAGUGCCGUUUAAUCCUGAUCGCCUUAAAGGUUUACUUCCUCCUGAUUCUUCAGAUCAAACACCAAACGAAGAAAAUUCGGACACUAAAGUAUUACCAACUAGUCAAAUGCUCGAUUCUCCUACUAUGUUCCCCACCUUUUCUCCUACAUUUAAUAACAUUUCAUGCAUGGAUAUCGAUUCAGAUGUCAAAGGAUAGAAAAAAUAUACUAUAGUUUUUAUUUUAGCAUACAAAUCGGGUGUACAGUUACAGUGAAUAAUCUAUGCAUUUUCUGGUGUUACUAUAUUCAUGAAGUGGACGUAUAAAACAUAUGACACAACUUGCCUUCAAUUAUAGUCUUUAUAUUAUUUGUUGC